CGAGCGGCUUAUUAGUUCGUAAUGCAUUUUCUUCUUUCUUUGUUUUCACAACUGCCCUCUGCUUUCAAACAUAGAUACACUCAUUCUGCUUCUUCCUCUCUCCAUCAAACAUCAAACAUCAAACAUCAAACAUUUUGGGAUCAACAUUAGACUCUCAUGGCUUCAGGGUCUGGAAAGGACGGUCCUGGCGUCCCAAGGAAGCCUAAAUUUAAACCAAGAGCCCCACCUCGUCGAGUGAUAAAGCAAGAAGUUAAAGCUGAAGUGGUUGAUGAUGCUGAUGCAGAACAGGCUGCUAAGGAGAAUCUGCUGAAGCGUUUCAAUGAGAGGGAGAGUGCCAUGAAGGCAAAGUACAAGGUUGAGAAAAAAGUGUUAGCUUCACAAAUUGCUUUUGGUUAUGGUGGUGAAUCAACUUCUAUGAAAUCAUACGGUAUUCCCAGGGGUGGGAGCAGUAUCAACAUCAAUCUGAGUUCAGCAUCUAGUGGGGGAAAAGAGAAAGAAUACCAAGAACCAUGGGACUAUUACAGUAAUUAUCCAGUAACUCUUCCCUUGAGGAGGCCUUAUUCCGGAAACCCAGCUCUCCUUGAUGACGAAGAAUUUGCGGAGGCUGCACAGUCCAGAACUUAUGAAGAAAACGCAUCAAAUUCAACAAUGGAUCUUGGCCUUUUGGAGGAAAACCCAGAGGCAAGUAUGUUCUUGAUUAAUUUGCCUACAAAAUUGCCUAUGAUUAAACAAUCAGCUACUGCUGGAGACAAAGAUGUUAAUGAGAAAUCUAUACCUCAUGGGGGUUCAAAAAACGUGGAGGAGCUCUGUGAGCUGAACGAGUUAUCAUCUGGCUUCAUGGGUAAAAUGCUUGUAUACAAAAGUGGUGCAAUCAAGCUUAAGCUUGGCAAUACCCUUUAUGAUGUUUCCUCGGGUAUGAAUUGUGCAUGUGCCCAAGAUUUGGUUGCUGUCAAUACUGCUCAAAAACAUUGUUGCACGAUUGGGGAGAUCAGCAAGCACGUUACUAUAACCCCGGAUGUAGACGCCAUAAUUGACAAUUUGUCUGAUUUGUGAUACAAUUCAAAGCAUUUUGUUUUCGGAUAGUUUACAUACAUUAUAUUUACGAAAUUUGUUAAAAUUUUGUCUUAUUAAACAUUGAAAAAAGUGAAGAAAUAAAAAAAAUAAGUAUGAAGUUUUUUA